AUGGCAAUUCUUUCAGACUAUACUGAAGGUGAAAAUCAAUCACAAGCCAAAAAGAAAGAAGAAAAUAAGAAAUUAAAGCCAAAUCAAUUUAAUGGUCUUGAUAUGGAAAAUUACACAUGGGGACAAACUCUUCAAGAUGUUACUAUUAAUGUCACAGUGCCAUUUGGCACAAAAUCAAGAUUUUUAGCUGUGGAUAUCAAGAACAAUUCCAUCAAAGUUGGACUCAAGAAUCAACCACCAAUUGUUGAAGGUGAACUAUUGGAGCCUGUGAAAGGUGAUGAAUGUUUUUGGAGUUUAGAAGAUCAAAAACAAGUAACAAUUCUCAUGACUAAAAGGAAUCAAUCUGAUUGGUGGAAAAGUUUGUUCAAAAAUAGCCCUGAAAUUGACACACAAAAAGCUGAGCCAGAGCCAAGUAGGCUAUCAGAAUUGGACUUAGAAACAAGAUCAGCAGUUGAAAAAAUGAUGUUUGAUCAAAAACAAAAGCAAAAAGGAUUACCAACAAGUGAUGAGAUACAAAAUCAAGAUCAAAUCAAGAAGAUUAUGGAAGAAAAUCCUGAAAUUGCUAAACAUUUUGCUAAUUCACCUGCUAAUGCUGAUGGUAAAGGUGGAAUGUCUAAUAUUAGGAUGAUGUCAAGUGGCGGCGGAAUGAUGCGUUAAGUGGGAACUUGAUGAU